UACCCCGGGCCCUUUGGUGCCCAUUGCAUUCAGAGCUAGGUUAGGUCAGGCCAUGCACAAGCUAUUUCAUCUAAUUUCAAUGUUCACGAUUACUCUUUUUUUCCAUCGGAUUUGGGAGCAAGUAUAUACAUGUACCUAGGCUAAGCUAAAGCGGCGGACACGCUAGCCGCUGAGUUGCGCGCGUCUAGAACCAGAGUACCAGACAUACAGGUAGCAGUACGUCACCUUGACUAGGUCCAUAACGAACCAUGUACGCAACCUCAACACCACCUCCACCCCCGCCAAAACCUAGCAGCCACGAUGUGAGUCGUCUCGGGACGCCCACUGGAAACUCUCCCCGUCCAGCCCCGCCCGCUCCAGACCAUCCAUACGGCGGUGAUGGCUUGGAGAGGACGAGGAAUGCGAGUAGCCGGUUUCUAGAGCCUGCCGCCCCCGUCGACGUCGCUUCAGGCUUGAUUCCUGUGCCAACAACCACACCGAGCGGCAUCGUGCGACAGCAAGAGCCCAUCCCAGAUCCUGGCGAUGCUUGGUUGCCUAAAAUUCUAGAGGACAAGUCAAAACAAGAUCUCGCCGAAAUACUAAGUAAUCCGUCCAUGCUACAAGCCUUGACUGUCUCUCCCGCGACGAUACACCCAUCGCUUGCUCAGACUCAAGACACCCUUUUGUCUGCGCUUGACGAGAAUAUAUCCCUAGCACAACAUCUCGCCGACCUGGAAACAAGACUUACACAUCAGCGUGCCUCCACUCAGGCCCAGCUUCUCUCGGCCCAUGCCCUCGAACGACAGUGGCGUUCCAAGCAGGUUGAUAUGGACGCUGCUCUUGCACCCUUCGCCCCCAACGCCCUCUAUGCGCGCCUCACUCAGUCCUUACAAGAGCAGGAGAUGCUAUGCGCCGCUAUGGAGGAGAGCUUCUUGGAAGGGGAGGGCACGCAAAGAGGCGGCAAUAAUGGAGGCGACGAUUUUGGGGGCGGUCUCGCCACGGAACGGGAAACACUCGACUGGGUUCGGAGGUAUCGGGAAGCACGCCGGCUGUGCUAUCUUCGGCAAGAACGUAAGGAGAGGUGGAACGAGAGGCGCGUUGGUGGGUGGCGAUGAAACUAUCCCAUCAUCAAUUUCGUUCAAAACUACGCACACAUCUACCUAGGAACGAUGACGCCGCAACCACUGGCGAACGAUUACUUCGCCGUUGCCGAAGCCUUACUGACUAUAGUCACGGGAGUCGAUGCAAUUCUUUGGACUAAGGCGCUCGCAACGAACCAAGAUCGCCCAUCAGGGACGGUAGCCAAUCUUGACGGUGUUUCCAAGACACCCGACCAUAUUUACGCACCCACAAAUGGGUGACGUGGCGAACUCAGAAGCAUUUCUCACAGCGUGAGAAUAUGAGUCCGGCGUGGGUGGUGUUCAUUCCAAAUAUUUGGGAUAGACUCAACUAUUGGUGGUGGGUAGAUCUUAUAGUGAGUUGAAGAUACGCCACCAACUUGGCCUAUCACAUCAGGGUCAUCUGGCUUUGUGAUGGAUAUACUAGAUGUCAUGAUAAUUAUGUUUCGAGCGCGAAAACGCUCUAUACGAGGUAUUACGGAAGGGUUAACCGGUCCAUUCAAUCAGCUCUUCUUCAUUUAGAAGCCGUUACGCAUCUCAUACUUAGUCAGCGGCUGCCAUUUGGACACUGUUCUUCGACGUCUAUGGUAAUGCAGUCUCAAAAUGCCGUUGCCGCUUUUCGGCGCUCCAUACCUUCAGGCGCUUCUCAUGGGUAUCACUUAUAGUAUUAUUAUCCAAACCAAUAUAGCAAGGCUCGACUCAGAAUAGGACAGGAACCCUAGAAUA